AUGGAUCAACUACCCCGAGAGCUCAUCGACGCCAUCCUCCAACAAUGCGUAUUCCUCGGCCCAAAGAACAAAGUCCUCUCGCUUCGCCUCGUCUGUCGCGUCUUUGAUCAGAUCCUCAAGCCCUUUGCCUGCCGAACACUCGACCUGGAUUUCUCGCGCCUGAGCAGGACGAGCGGCGUGCAGCAUCCACAGAUGGAUGCGCUCCAGACGGUCGGAUAUCACUGCAAGAGUCUCUACAUUGACUUGAUGGUCCUGCGAGAUGAUCUCGAAGUUGAGUUCCUUGAUACAGUUUUCGCGCGGGUCCCGUCCAUGACCGACUUCUGUCGAACGCUACACAAGAAGUACUGCAUGAACGAGACGUCAUUCACGGAAAUAGACUACUACCGCACCGUGGAGGAUAUGCUCUUCUACUGCCGCGACGUCGACCGUCUUCGUCUCAACCUCCCCUUUCAGCUCGUCGGCCGCCACUGCAAUGCCGCUACCAUGAUCCUGGCCAACACUCUCAAGGCGUUUGCUCAGCGACCCGAAGAGGACUCGGCCAAGCUCAAUACCCUGGUCAUAGAAAACGUGACUGAUGUCGCGAUCUGCCACCUGUGGAUGAACCCAAGCGACGUCAUGAACAUCAUCAGAGUAUUGGAGGUGCUGGAACAUCUCGUCCUGACAUUGCGACGACACGAAAACGACCCGCAGCGCGUAGGACUAUUUGGAUCGUGCCUCUGGAACCUGGUUGAGAAUGCGGAGGAGCUCAAGAGCCUGUGCUUGAUAGGCAUGGACCACGACGACCGACCUCCACGAGGAUUGAAGCAGACCAAGUUCUGGCAGAUGCCUGUCGAAGAGUGGCUUGCUAAAUCGCUACCCGCUCCCUACAUCAUCCUCUCCAACUUGACAUGUCUGGAGCUCAAGAGAGUUGAGGUCUGCCCAGAGGUUUUCCUUCGGACAGCAGAGAACUUUGGACCUACGCUUCAAGAACUAUACCUGAACGAGGUAUACCUCAAAGUCGAGCAGUCGAGGGAUUGGAACGAGGACUCUAAGAAGGUCCUCUGGGUAGGAAUGCCGAAUCAGCGACCCGGAGAGGAUUGCCAUUGGAUCGCCAUGGCUUUGAGAUGCGCUACACCACAGUUGAGGGUCUGUCGAGCAUCUUUCCUGGCCUACGACCACUACCUCAGAGAGGACAUGCCUACCCACCCCGAGUUUGACCUCAUUGACCCCUGCGGUCUUGGCAGAAGCAUCUCUCAGCGUUUUGUCGAGGUUGUCAUGGGCAUCCGCCAGCCCACGACAGCUACUAAGGAUCCUGUCGAAUAUCUCCCUGCGGACGCUCACUUUGACAGUCUCUCGAAUGAUCUCCGAGUUCGAACCCGUGCACUUGGGGUGGUUGAAUAUGAUGCAAAUGCGUAUCAGACGGCUGUUGCAAAUCCGACGUCGGAGUGGCAGCGGAGCAUCGACGGCGUCUUCCCCAACUGCAACUCGAAUACACUCGACGAACUACACUACAUCGCCGAGACAGCGUGUCAAGGCAUGAACGAGAUACACCAGCGGCGCAACGAGUGGUCUACCGAGAGCAGCAUGGCCAACGAGUUCACUGAGAACCUUUUCAGCAUCCCUGCGACAGACGAGCAGGAAGAAACGAUUUGA